AUGGGUUUGCUGGCAGCAGCUGUAUUUUCUGUGAGUAAACACAAUGUGCUUCCACCCAGCUCAGUGCAGGAUCUGGAGUUUUUAUUACUAACAGUAAAGCACUUUGAUCACUGGAAUAUAGGUAUGAAAUUGUUUGAUGUGUGCACCGUGUCACGAACAGACAGAGAGACCAAGUUAACAUUAGUGUUUGAACACGUGGAUCAAGACUUGACUACUUACUUGGAUAAAGUUCCAGAGCCUGGAGUGCCUACAGAAACUAUAAAGGAUAUGAUGCUUCAGCUGUUUCGGGGGCUGGAUUUUCUGCAUUCACAUCGCGUGGUCCAUCGAGAUCUGAAACCCCAAAAUAUCCUUGUAACCAGCAGUGGCCAGAUAAAGUUAGCUGACUUUGGCCUUGCACGGAUCUACAGUUUUCAGAUGGCUCUUACCUCAGUGGUUGUUACUUUGUGGUAUAGAGCUCCUGAAGUUUUGCUUCAGUCCAGCUAUGCAACACCGGUUGAUCUUUGGAGUGUUGGCUGCAUAUUUGCAGAAAUGUUCCGUCGAAAGUAA